AGUAAAGUUAACACAGAAACGCCCCUUCACUCUCACCCUGCCUCUAUAUACAUACACACACGAGCACGCCCUUCUGACUUGUAGUCAUUAUAGCCCGGCCAAUACACAUUAGCUUUCGGUCUUCUUCGCUUAGCGAAGCAAUUAUUCUGGCUUCUCUUCUCUCGUGAGCAAAGCCUGCUAAUUCGGUCUCUCACUUCUUUUUUGUCCUGGAGAUUAAUUUGAUGGCGUCUUCGUCGACGACGAACACGUCGGAUGGCGGCGGCGUAAAGCCGUCGUCGUGCCCGAGGGGCCACUGGCGUCCUGGGGAGGACGAGAAGCUGCGGCAGCUCGUGGAGAAGUACGGCCCCCAGAACUGGAACUCCAUUGCCGAGAAGCUCGAGGGAAGAUCAGGCAAGAGCUGCCGUCUUCGGUGGUUCAACCAGCUGGACCCGCGGAUCAACAAGCGGCCGUUCACGGAGGAGGAAGAGGAGCGGCUUCUGGCGGCCCACCGCGUCCACGGCAACAAGUGGGCCCUGAUCGCCAGGCACUUCCCGGGCCGCACCGACAACGCCGUCAAGAACCACUGGCACGUCGUCCGCGCCCGCCGCUCCCGCGAGCGCUGCCGCCUCCUCGCCAAGGCCUCAGCUUCAGCUUCCUCCUCCACAUUAAUAUUCCCUCCUUACUACAACAGCUACUCCUCAAGCCAGAUCGACUUCUCCAGCUUCAAGCCCACGGCCACCGCUUCUGGCUUCUUCUUCGGCUCGUCGUCUCAGUACUCGCUGCCGGUGGGCCCUGCAGCUGCGGCUACUCCGCUGUUGUUCAGCGCUUCUUCGGCUGCUGCUGGAGUAGGCAAGAGCUUGUUGGUUUCUCCCAGGUACAGAAGCUACGAUCAGCGAGAGCCUGCAGCGAUGUCCAUUGCGUUCGCGUCUCCUGCGGCUUCGAGAGAAGCGCUGGCGAUGGAUGGUAGUGAUCACAGUCGACCUCGCUUCAGGAAGGAGUACUACGGCCGUGUUGAGGGCAGUGGCGGCGAGCCGGUGAAGGCGAGCGGCGUCGGCGACAAGCCGCCGGCAUUCAUCGACUUCCUUGGGGUCGGCGUCUCGUCCUGAACUGCAAUAACAGGGAUGAGGAAUGGAUGGAUGGGUAGUAGAGCAUUUGCAUCGUCGUUAAACUUUAAUUGGCGAUAUAUUAACCGCAGGCAGGCUAGAUGGGGCGCGUGUGCAUGCGUUGUUAAUCAAGUAUUGGCAGCGAGGGGUAGUAAUUUAAUUACAACUUUCUCGAUCGUUUAGAACUCUGUUUGUUGUCGAUCGAUCGAAUAAAGUCUGUGACAGGUGCUUAAUUAGUUUAUUUCUUAUGUAAAUUUCAGUUUGUCAUGUGCUAAUAAUCGUGAAGAGGUUUAAUUAUAUUGACCCUGCCAAUUCAGUUCAGAGUUUGUGUUA